AUGUCCCUCAGUGAGUUGAAAGCAGAGGUGUCUCCCCGGAUCUCUGCAGAUGACCUGAUAGAACUGUGUGAACUGUCCCCCGCUGCACCCUCCAAGAGAGUCAAGUCCAGCAAACCCAAGAUUAUCUCUGUCGACAUCCGCAGCGUGGACGACUACAGCAGAGGGCACAUCUCGGGCAGUCUCAGCGUCCCAUUCAGCUCCGUGUUCGGUCCGGAAGGGGAGCUGCUCCAGUGUCCCACAACAGGGGCGCUGCAGAGCUACAGAGGCCGGGUGAUUGUUGUCAUCAGCCACAGCAUGAAGAGUGCCUCCAUGUUUGCAACCCACCUGGUCAAAGUGAAUUUCCCCCGUGUUUGCGUCCUGGAUGGAGGCAUCAACAAGCUGAAACCCACAGGACUGCUCACAGUGCCCUCACCUCAGAUUUAA